CUCAACGCCAGCUGGUCCCACCAGCCCUUCCUGGUGGCCAAGGCGAAGGUGCGGGAGCCCGAGCACCGCGUGGCCAAGCGCAGCCUGCGCUGCAGCCCCAACUCCAGCCUGUGCUGCCGCAGGGACUAUUACGUGGACUUCCGCGACAUCGGCUGGAACGACUGGAUCAUUAAGCCCGAGGGCUACCAGAUAAACUACUGCGUGGGCCAGUGCCCCCUGCACGUGGCAGGCAGCCCCGGGAUGGCCUCCUCCUUCCACACGGCCGUCUUCAAUCUCGUCAAAGCCAACAACGUGCAGGCGUCGGGGCAUUCCUGCUGCGUCCCCACGCGGCGCCGCCCGCUCUCCGUCCUCUACUUUGAUCGCAACAGCAACAUCGUCAAGACUGACAUUCCCGACAUGAUCGUCGAUGCCUGUGGCUGUAGUUAGGGCUGGGGGAGCCGCGCUGGGACCCCCCUUCUCCAGGACUGUCUCUCCGGUGGAGGGGGAGGGAGCUGGAGAGCUCCCGGGAGCUGGAGCCAGCCCGUGGGGCAGUGGACCCCUUUGGGAAGGUUG